CUUUACGGCCCGGCGAUGGCGGAGGGAGAGCGGGCGGAGCAGAGCGUCGGCCUCGGGCGGCCCCCCCGGGAGGGGGAGGCGGGGGCGCUGGACCGGGCGGAGGCGCUCAAGACCCAGGCCAACGAGUUCUUCAAAGGCAAGGACUACGAGAACGCUGUGAAGUAUUACAGCGAGGCCAUCGACCUGAACCCCGCCAAUGCCAUCUACUACGGGAACCGCAGCCUGGCCUACCUGCGGACAGAGUGCUAUGGCUACGCGCUCUCCGACGCCACCAAGGCCAUUGAGCUGGACAAGAAGUACAUCAAAGGCUAUUACCGGCGGGCGACCAGCAACAUGGCCCUGGGCAAGUUCAAGGCCGCCCUGCGUGACUACGAGACGGUGGUGAAGGUGAAGCCAAACGACAAAGAUGCCAAGAUGAAGUAUCAGGAGUGCAACAAGAUCGUGAAGCAGAAGGCGUUUGAGCGCGCCAUCGCCAGCGAUGAGCACAAGCGCUCCGUGGUUGACUCCCUGGACAUAGAGAGCAUGACCAUCGAGGACGAGUACAGUGGGCCCAAGCUGGACAACGGGAAGGUGACGCUAGCGUUCAUGAAGGAGUUAAUGCAAUGGUACAAGGAUCAAAAGAAACUCCACAGAAAAUGUGCCUAUCAGAUCUUGGUGCAGGUGAAGGAGGUGCUCGUUAAACUUCCCACUCUAGUAGAAACCACGUUAAAAGAGACAGAGAAGGUCACCGUGUGUGGAGACACCCACGGGCAGUAUUAUGACUUGCUGAAUAUAUUUGAACUCAACGGGCUGCCGUCUGAAACGAACCCAUAUAUAUUCAAUGGGGAUUUUGUUGACCGCGGCUCCUUCUCCGUGGAAGUGAUAUUAACACUGUUCGGUUUUAAGCUGCUGUAUCCGGAUCAUUUCCACUUACUCCGUGGGAAUCACGAGACGGAUAACAUGAACCAGAUCUACGGGUUCGAGGGGGAAGUGAAAGCCAAAUACACAGCCCAGAUGUUUGCGCUUUUCAGCGAGGUCUUUGAGUGGCUGCCCCUGGCGCAAUGCAUCAAUGGCAAAGUAUUGAUAAUGCACGGCGGGCUCUUCAGUGAAGACGGGGUCACGUUGGACGACAUCCGGAAGAUCGAGAGGAAUCGGCAGCCUCCAGAUUCAGGUCCCAUGUGCGACUUGCUCUGGUCCGACCCACAGCCUCAGAACGGCCGGUCGGUCAGUAAGCGCGGCGUGAGCUGUCAGUUCGGGCCUGACGUCACCAAAAGCUUCCUGGAGCGGAACCAGCUAGAUUACAUCAUCCGGAGCCAUGAGGUCAAGCCCGAGGGCUACGAGGUGACGCACGAGGGCAAGUGCAUCACCGUCUUCUCGGCACCCAACUACUGCGACCAGAUGGGGAAUAAAGGUUCAUACAUCCACUUGCGGGGGUCGGACCUGCGCCCCGAAUUCCACCAGUUCACAGCCGUGCCUCACCCGAACGUCAAACCGAUGGCCUACGCCAACACCCUCCUCCAGCUGGGGAUGAUGUAACUUCCCCUGUCACCACCGCUCCCGCCUGGAGGCCCCUCAUGCUAGGCAGAGACGGCCCCUCGGCCUUUUUACAUUCUUCCACCAUCAGCCCAGGCUGCCCAGGCGCCGGAGCGUCCAUCACGAGGGUGGGGUGGGGGGGUUGCUGUGGUUCUCUUCCCCCCAGGCCGAGCCCAUUUGUAGUGUUGCCGUGAGCUGGUGCCGCACAGCUGAGAGGCAGGAGUAUUUUUUUUUUUUUUUUUUAAUAUAUUGGAAAGAUUGUAUUUAUUCCCAGGGCUCGCUCAGCCUCCGGCCUGGAGCAGAGAGGCCGCUGGGUGCAAGCCGGCUCUGUCUGUGGCCCGAUCUCUCCGACAGACGGCUUGCAGGGUGGAGCGCGGAGGCCUCCCCUCCCUUCCUUAAGUGCUCUGGCUUUGAGGCAUGACUCUGAUGGGUGGUCUCUAGGCUUGGGGGUUUCAGGAGAGGCGAGGGGGCUAGGUGGGGUCAGAGAUUAGGAUCAGGUCACGAGCAGAAGCAAGGUGUCGACGGGGGGGAGGGUCCCAUCCUUAGUCAUCCUUUCCCUCUGCAUCAGAAACCCAGGGUGGGCAGGCAGGGCUCUGCUGUCACCAGCUUCGGAGGCACUCCCUGUGUCAGCUCAGAGAGGCGGGGUGAGAGCUGGGCACAGGAGGGAUCUCUGCCUCCAGGGAUGCGAUCAUUCGGUGCUCGGUGGAGCUGGGCCUGGGACCCCCAGCUGCCAGUCUGACAAGAGGGCUCUAAUGCUGAGACCUGGGCCCCAGGACCCCUGGCUGCCAGUCGUUCGAGUGCUCUCAAAUACUGGGAUCCGGCUCCCAGGACCCCUGGCUGCUGCGAUCUUGGCCUGGGAUCCCUGGCUACCAGUCUCAAGGACCUCUCUAAUGCUGAUAUGUGGGGCCAGGACCCCCGGCUGCUGGGAUCUGAGUCCCAGGACCCCCAGCUGCCAGUCUGACAAGAAGUCUCUAAUACCGAGACCUAGGCCCUGGGACCCCUGGCUGCUGAUCUGUUGGGCCAGGACCCCUAACUGCUUGUAUCUGGGGCUGGAACCCCUGGCUGCUGGGAUAUAGGUCCCAGGACCCCCAGCUGCCAGUCUGACAAGAGGUCUCUAAUACCAGGACCUGGGCCCUGGGACCUCUGGUUGCUGUGAUCUGGGCCCUGGGACCCCUGGCUGCUGGGAUCUGGGCCACGAGACCCCUGGCUGCCAGUCUCACAGGACCUCCCUAAUACUGGGAUCUGAGUCCCAGGACCCCUGGCCGCCAGGAUCUGGAUCCAGGACCCCUGGGUGCCAGGAUCUUGGUCCCAGGACCACCAGCUGCCAGUCUCACAGGAGCGCUCUCACCCUGGGGUGCCCCUCUUCUAGGUCCCCUGUGAGCUUUCUGGUUGUAGCUCCUGGCUGCAGAGGACAGGGACAGCAUACACCCCUCCCUUCCCAUGUGACAUUCCUCCUCCCUGGGCAUCUGCCUCUAGCCCUCCACAACCAAGAAGUAAGGUUAAGAGUUUGUCACAGUUUGUUUAGUAAAAGCCAGGGCCGGGUCACAGGCAAUAAACACAAAUUCACAGAACCCUGUGACCCGGCCCUGGCUUUCGCCCAACAGAACUGAGACAAAAUGGGGCUGACGGGUGGGAUGAGAGUCCGAGCCCUGCUGCGGGGGAGGUAAGGGGGAGGGCUGCAGCGGCUGGGAGAUGUGGGCCCCCCCCCCCAUGAUGGCUCAGAGCUCCAGGGGGCCUCCUGCUGGCUGAUAGCUGAAGUCCCACCGCCCAAGGGCUGAAGCGGAAAAUGUCCCAGAGGUCUCGGAAAGUCCUGGAAUCCGUGACCUAAUCUUGGCCUUACAGAUAAGCAAUAGGUGUGUGGGUGUUGGGCUGGCAGAGGCCCAGCCUCCAACUCAUGCCAGGAGUGUGUGGGUGUGUGUGUGUGGCAGGGGCAGUGGAGGGGCACCAGACUGGAUUUUGUGGGGUGCUUUACCCCAGUUGCCCACCCCAACCUUUGCCCCCUUCUCUCAGCCUGGGGAGUGUCGGGCACCUCCUCGAGGAAGCGUGACCGACCUUUUGUGCCACAUGCGCAAGCCAACAGCAGAUGCGUCCAAAGCACUUGGGUGUCUCCGUGUGCACCACCGGAUCCAGGAGCCCGCCUCCCACCGCCACCUUUCGAGUUAUUUUACUGUCUGUAAUUAAAGAUGUUAAAAUAAAGUAAUUAUUAUAAGCCUUG